GCCGCCCGCCGCCGGCGGAAGCGGAAGCGGCAACGCCGCGUGCGUCCGCGGUGCCCGUUGCAGCUCGGCCUGUCCUCGCCGCAGCGCCCGGCCCCAGCCCGGCCAUGGCCGUACGCGCCAGCUUCGAGAACAACAACGAGCUGGGCUGCUUCGCCAAGCUCACCAACGCCUACUGCCUCGUGGCCAUCGGCGGCUCCGAGAACUUCUACAGCGUCUUCGAGGGGGAGCUCUUCGGGACCAUCCCGGUGGUGCACGCCUCCAUCAGCGGCUGCCGCAUCAUCGGCAGAAUGUGUGUGGGAAACAGACACGGACUGUUGGUCCCAAGCAGUACGACAGACCAAGAACUUCAACAUAUCCGCAAUAGUCUUCCAGAUUCUGUACGCAUUCAACGAGUAGAAGAGCGUCUCUCGGCACUGGGCAAUGUCACUACCUGCAAUGACUAUGUAGCUCUUGUUCAUCCAGAUCUUGACAGGGAGACAGAAGAGAUCUUGGCAGAUGUACUGAAGGUUGAGGUUUUCAGGCAAACGGUAGCGGAUCAGGUGCUGGUAGGAAGUUACUGUGUUUUUAGUAACCAAGGAGGAAUUGUGCACCCCAAAACUUCAAUUGACGAUCAGGAUGAACUGUCUUCGUUGCUCCAGGUCCCACUCGUGGCUGGAACAGUGAAUCGUGGCAGCGAGGUCAUUGCAGCAGGAAUGGUUGUGAAUGACUGGUGUGCCUUCUGUGGGCUGGACACGACCAGCACUGAGCUCUCCGUCAUUGAGAGUAUCUUCAAGCUGAAUGAAGCUCAGCCAAGUACCAUCGCUACCAACAUGAGAGAUUCCUUGAUUGACAGCUUGACAUGAGCAGUGUUGGUUCCUACUUUCCAGAAAGCUCCUAAGGAGUGAAGUGUCAAGCUGCACUUUGGAUUACAGACAUCUAGACCUUCUGAUGUUUCUGCAGGCCUAGCCCAAGGAAGAAGCUACAAAACCAACUUUUUGUAGUGUUUUGUAAACUAAGUAUUACCAAAACUGACAAAUAACAUACAUAAGUUACAAAUAAGGAAUGCUCUCUAUCCCUUUGCUGAAUUUUUCCAGUUCUUCAGCUGUGCUUUUCUUAUUUUGUGAUGCUGAGGUCCUCAAAUUAGCCCACAAUAUUUACUCUUGUGGCUCUUGGAUAUUGAUCGCUAGAGAUUAUUUUGCCUUAAAUAAUGCAUUAGUGUUCUGCUGUACAGCAGUCUGUUUCAGCACAUACAUGGCACUGCCCUCUCUUUCCACACUCCUGCUAAAGCAUGGUGGUUUUGCUGCAGGUAGACUUAAGAGCUCCUUGUAUGUUCAAUACUGAAAAUACAGUAUUUACUUGCCACAAAAUAAUUCAAAAGUCAUCACCUGCUCUCUUGCCCUGACUUGCAGCUAUUCCCACAGGGCCAGUGUUUCUGAAGUGAUCGGCUCAGAUUAAAAUGAGUUUCUCAAAGUCAAUCCAGGGGCUUCUAACAGCAACAAUGUGUUGUGUUUGAUCUGUUGUCUGCAGAUGCCUGGUGGCAUGUGUGCUGCUGCCGAGGCAUCUGCAAGAGAGAGCCUAGAAAAGCACGCUAUUGCCAGUGGGCUUAAAUGUGUUCUACAGGAGUUAGCCACCUAUGCUGGGAAACUCUUAGAAGUCAGCACAUCAAAAAAUAUUUAAACCACCUCAUCUUGAGUUAUCUUGGAGACAAAGGUUAAGUAACACGGUUCUAAGCAGUUACUCCGUUCAGUCAGAUGUUACAAACUUGGGAGCUUGCUAAUUAAGAGCUCUGCCUUUAUCAGGGAGUGAUGAUGAUGAAAAGGAGCUGUAGAUACUGCUUUCAGGUUGAAGAUAGGCAUUUGCUUCUAAACAGCUGUUGCUCACUGAUCUCUCAUUUCAGUUGCUUUUCUUCUGCUUGACUGUUAAAGGCAUACUGAAGGCAUAGAAAUGCCUCCACUUCCCACCCUAAGGGGAUGUGGAAACUCCUCGCUUGCUUCCCCACAGCUGCAUUCCUCUUGUCUGGGUUCUCUUGAGGAGUGCUGUCCUGAAGGCAGUGUGGGCAGAGCUCUUUUUUGGCCUUGGUGCUUCAGGCUUUGUAGAAAAUUAAGUAAAUCUCCAUUUUUGUUUUACUGUCGGGAUGUUUAGGGAAGGUUCUAUAAGUUUGGGUUGAUUAAAGGUUGCUCCUUAAACUUUUAACUAAAGAUUGCCAUAGGAUCUCAGAUCAGCAGUCCUGCCAUCUGGUCUGCCCAGAAUGGUAGCUGAGCCAGGGGCUGCCAUUUCCAGACAGCUCAGUGUCCUUCUGCCAUUGGGGAAGCCUGUAAACAGCUUGUAGCUCCUUGCAACUCGGGCUAACAAUUUUUGGUGUUUAUGGCCCCUUUGAUAUAGUGGACUACAUUUCUUGGCACUGACUCCCAGGUCUUCUCCUCUUAGUGUAUUUCAGUAUUUAGAGUGAGAAGCUUCUUUCCUUUGGCCACCUCACAGAGCUCUGUUCUUAGGUAUAGAUGGCAAAGAGUCUGAUUGUUGCUAUCGGUGUUAGCAUGUAUUCGUCAAGUGUGAAAUGAGCAAGGCUGAAGUUCUCCUCUGCAACUUCUGUAAUUUUUUUUUCCAUUCCAGUUAAUAGGCAGGAAUCUUCAUUUAUAUCAGAGAUCUUGGUCUGUGUUACGUGUUAAAAAUUGCUUAGAGAUAAACAAGAAAAAUAAUCCAAUCUCUGUAUAAUCCAAAUUCUUAAAUAGGGAAGAUACUGGUACAGUGUUGGGGGUUGUGCUAUGCCAAAGAGGAUUAAAGACAGCAGAAAUGGGUAUUGCUAACUGUGGUGUGCGAUCUCUUACAAAAGUUGCAUUGAAACUUGGGAACUGGAAGGUGGCAAAUGUGAUACCUGUUCUAAGCAAGGGUUUGUGGGAUUUCUGACCUAGUAAGAUGGACCUAUGUACAAGGAAAACAGAAACUAUAAUAAAGAAUGGAAUUAGUAGAAACCCGGA